AAAAGGAAAAAAAGGAAAGAAGAAGAAGCCAAAAGCACCGGAAAUAGCAGAUCCUUCUCAUCUUCUCCGGCAAUAGAUCAGUCUUCCGAUAAAUUUCUGCUGCUCUCAUUCCAUCCAUUGCUUCUCAGAUAUUUGAGCAUUGCGAGAAACCAUGUCCGCUAUUGAUGAGCCGUUAUAUCCUAUUGCGGUUUUGAUUGAUGAGUUGAAGAAUGAAGACAUCCAGCUUAGAUUGAAUUCAAUCCGGCGAUUGUCUACCAUCGCCCGUGCUCUUGGUGAGGAGAGAACACGGAAAGAGUUGAUUCCAUUUCUAAGUGAGAACAACGAUGAUGAUGACGAAGUUCUUCUUGCAAUGGCUGAAGAGUUGGGCAUGUUUAUUCCAUAUGUUGGAGGGGUUGAACAUGCGCGUGUAUUGCUUCCACCCUUAGAAGGACUUUGUAGUGUUGAGGAGACUUGUGUUAGGGAAAAGGCAGUUGAGUCAUUAUGCAAAAUUGGGUCCCAAAUGAAGGAAUCGGAUUUGGUGGAAUCAUUUAUUCCACUUGUGAAGAGACUGGCUACUGGAGAGUGGUUCACUGCUCGAGUUUCCUCCUGUGGAUUGUUUCACAUUGCUUAUCCUAGUGCUCCAGAGCCACUAAAGAAUGAACUGAGAACCAUAUAUAGCCAACUUUGUCAAGAUGAUAUGCCUAUGGUGAGGAGAGCAGCUGCCACAAAUCUUGGAAAGUUUGCUGCAACUAUUGAACAACCCCAUCUGAAGACCGACAUCAUGUCAAUGUUUGAGACCCUGACACAGGAUGAUCAAGAUUCUGUCCGUUUAUUGGCUGUCGAGGAUUGUGCUGCUUUGGGGAAGCUGCUGGAGCCUAAAGACUGUGUAGCACAAAUUCUUUCCGUCAUAGUUAAUUUUGCGCAGGAUAAGUCUUGGCGUGUUCGUUACAUGGUUGCAAAUCAACUCUAUGAUCUUUGUGAGGCAGUUGGACCAGAGGCUACCAGGACGGAUUUGGUCCCUGCCUAUGUUCGGCUACUUCGUGAUAAUGAGGCUGAAGUGCGUAUAGCUGCUGCUGGCAAGGUGACUAAGUUUUGCCGUAUUUUGAGCCCUGAACUUGCUAUCCAGCAUAUCCUUCCUUGUGUAAAGGAACUAUCAUCAGAUUCAUCCCAGCAUGUUCGUUCUGCUUUGGCUUCAGUUAUCAUGGGAAUGGCACCUAUUUUAGGAAAGGAUGCAACUAUUGAGCAGCUUCUCCCGAUUUUCCUCUCUCUUCUGAAGGAUGAGUUUCCUGAUGUUCGUUUGAAUAUUAUCAGUAAGCUUGAUCAAGUAAACCAGGUAAUUGGAAUUGAUUUGCUCUCCCAAUCACUGCUGCCAGCAAUUGUUGAACUUGCAGAAGAUAGACACUGGAGGGUUCGGCUUGCAAUAAUUGAGUACAUACCUCUAUUGGCAAGUCAGCUGGGUGUUGGCUUUUUUGAUGACAAGCUUGGUGCUCUGUGCAUGCAAUGGCUAAAAGAUAAGGUUUACUCUAUUAGAGAUGCAGCAGCAAACAAUGUAAAGCGCCUUGCUGAGGAAUUUGGUCCAAAAUGGGCAAUGGAGCAUAUAAUUCCACAGGUGCUGGAUAUGAUUAAUGACCCACAUUAUCUUUACCGGAUGACCAUCCUUCAUGCAAUUUCUCUUCUUGCCCCUGUCUUGGGCUCAGAAAUUGCUUGCUCCAAACUCCUGCCGGUUAUAAUUACUGCAUCAAAAGACAGGGUACCGAAUAUCAAGUUCAAUGUGGCUAAGGUGUUGCAGUCUGUUAUUCCAAUAGUUGAACAAUCUGUUGUGGAGAGCACAAUUCGACCGUGUUUGGUUGAACUCAGUGAGGACCCAGAUGUUGAUGUUAGGUUUUUUGCCAACCAAGCCCUACAAGCAACCAAGUGAUGAUGUUGUCUAGGUUAAAGGAAAUUGAAUAGUUCAAAUGUAGUUUUCUCCUUGUCUGUUGUCAAGUGUGAACGAAGAUGUACAAGAGCUUUUGUCUGUCUUUAGAUAUCAAAUACCAUUCUUGUCAAGCAAA